GCAAGAUGGCGGCGGGUGGGCAGCCUCGUGAGGAAGACGUGGAAAGGCCCAUGGCGGGCCCCUGCCCUCUCGGCUACAAGGCCGUUCCUAUCCAGUUCUCCGAGAAGCAGCAAUCUCCUCAUUGGCUGUAUAUGAAGGAGCACAAAGUGAGGGAGGGGACUCGCUCCCCCUACCCCAAGAGCCGCACCCUCUUCAUCCUCAACGUACCCCCGUAUUGUCUGGAGGAGGACCUGAUCCAGCUGCUGUCCUGCUGUGGUAAGGUCCAGUCCUUGGAGCUGCAGGAGAAGCCGGACCUGGCGGAGAGUCGGCCGGAGCCGCGAUCCCGAUUCUUCCAGCCCAGGCCGGCCACGAAGUUCCACGUGGCCUAUGUGGUGUUUCGGAAGCCGGCCAGCGUUCACCUUGCCAUGUCGUUAGGCCGGAAGGGCCCGUUGGUGAUCUCCUCAGAGAGCCGCCCCGUGAAAACUGGCAUCCAGAAAUGGAUCGCAGACUACUCAGCUUCGUUGGUGGACCCUGAGGCCCUGAAAGUCGAAGUGGACACUUUCAUGGAGAAAUAUGAUAACGAGAUCGCCAAGGAAGACGCCAAGGCCGAGGAGGAGGAAGGCGUCCCCGACAACGAGGGCUGGGUCAAGGUGACCCGCAAAGGCCGUCGGCCGGGGAUCCCCAGGACCGAGGCCGCUAGUCUGCGGCUGCUGGAGAAGGAGAAGCAGAAGAGGACCCGCAAAGAGCUACUCAACUUCUACGCCUGGCAGCACCGAGAGACCAAGAGGGAGCAUCUGGCCCAGCUGCGGAAAAAGUUUGAAGAGGACAAGCAGAGGAUCGCCCUGAUGCGGGCCCAGCGCAAAUUCCGCCCCUACUGAGCCCAAGCCUCCCCUUGGGUCCGUGCCUUCUCCCGGCCCCCUCGGAGAGGAAGAACACAGGAGCCGCAUUCCGGCUCCCGGGAGAGACGCCGUUCUUGCCUCUGUUCACGCCCCGGAGCGGCGUGGUGAUGAUGGGAGCCAGGUUUUGCCUCCCGCCUUGUGACGUUGUCCUUCCCGGAUUCUCUCCCCCAUCCCACAGCUGACAGCCAGGGUGGAGGGAAAGAGCCGGGAGGGAAAUGGAGAUGGGACACAACUGCUGCUUGUGGCAGCUUGUAAAUAAAAGACAGCUUUUGUUUCCUAAAU